ACAGCCCUUUUGCUUCAAUAUCACACAUCGAGCUGGCAAAACUAACUUGCUAGCUGAUUACCUGUCUCGUCUCCCUGAACUUGCUGUCGCUGGAGAGGAGGGAGGUAAUGUGACAGUUUGACCCCACACUGUCACUGUUUGACCUUUGGACUUCCUCACAAACCGUGCACAUUUGUUGGGAAGCUCAACAUGGACAAACUACAAACAUUCAAUCUUGUUAGCUAGUGAAAAGCAUGUGCUCAACAAACAAAUUGUUACCUGUCACCCACCAUGGCUCUGAACAGUUGACUAAAAGAGUCAGGGUGGGGUUGAGGGCUUUAUAUAGGUGAACACACCUGCAUUCACUAAUUAGGCCAAAUUUGGGUCAAACCAUGAUUAUCAAAAGCUGGGUAUUACAGAAGGACACUGGACAUUUGAAAGUUGUGUUGUCUAAAGCCUGAAUAUACUGUGUACAAAAAUGACUGCUCUACACAUGCAAAAGUACUAUGUGAAUACUUUUUAGACAUGUGAUGGUUAUUUAUGGUGUAAUUUCCAAAAUAACUGUUUUCUUAAUUCCCCCUGUCAAAUUGGUCCCAGCUAGUGGGCGGAGCUAUGGGCUAUUUAAGUUGGAAAAUGCCGUUUUUCUGACAGUCUGCUGUUGGGGAGGUUCUCUGUCCUGAGCAGGAGUUUCGGUCUCCAUGCAUCAUCUACUGAGACGUCUGUGAAGAACAUCUUCACCCUGAGCAACAGAAGUGGAGCUUCAGGAUGCGGACGGAGGAGCCACAGCCCUCUCACAUUAAGAAGGAAGAGGAAUACCCACUGAUCCCCCAUUUUAAAAAGGAAGAGGAGGACCCACUGACACCCCAUUUUAAAAAGGAAGAGGAGGACCCACCGACACCCCAUUUUAAAGAGGAAGUGGUAGAUCCACUGAGCCCUCACAUUAAGGAGGAAGAGGUGGAUCCACUGACACCCAAUUUUAAAGAGGAAGAGGAGGACCCACUGACACCCAAUUUUAAAGAGGAAGAAGAGGACCCACUGACACCCCAUUUUAAAGAGGAAGUGGUGGAUCCACAAGGCCCUCACAUUAAGGGGGAAGAGGUGGAUCCACUGACACCCCAUUUUAAAGAGGAAGAGGAGGAACCACUGACACCCCAUUUUAAAGAGGAAGCGGUGGAUCCACUGACCCCUCACAUUAAAGAGGAAGAGGAGGAACACAGCAUCAGUCAGCAGGGAGAGCAUCUUGAAGGACUGGAGGAGGUUGAUGUCACCAAGAUGCCAGUGACUGGUGUCCCUGUGAAGAGUGAAGGUGAUGAGGUCAAAGGUGAGAGUGAGGAGAAGAGAGAGGCGGAGCCUCCAAGCAGCAGCUCAACUCAACACAUGACAACAGAAGCUGAUGGAGACCACUGUGGAGGAUCACAAGCAGACAAGCUCUUAGCUCCACUAUCAGAUAGUGAGGACACAACGUCACACUCUCCUGACACUGAUGAUGAAGACUCUAAAGAUGAUAAGACAUGUCACACUGACAACACACACUUCACAUGUUCUCACUGUGACAAAACCUUUAAAUACCAUUGUCAUCUGAUAGAACACAUGAGAAUACACACUGGAGAAAAACCUUUUUCCUGCUCAGAAUGUGGUAAAAGUUUUGCAAUAAAUAACAUUUUAAAAUUCCACAUGAGAAUACACACUGGAGAAAAACCUUUUGCAUGUUCAAUCUGCGGUAAAGAUUUUACUCAAAGGACCCAUUUCAAAACACACAUGAGAAUACACACUGGAGAAAAACCUUUUUCAUGUUCAAUCUGCGGUAAAGAUUUUACUCAAAGGCACCAUUUCCAAAAACACAUGAGAAUACACACUGGUGAAAAACCUUUUUCAUGUUCAAUCUGCGGUAAAGAUUUUACUCGAAGGGACCAUUUAAAAAAACACAUGAGAACACACACUGGUGAAAAACCUUUUAUAUGUUCAGUAUGUGGUAAAAGUUAUAUAGAAAGACAUCAAUUAAAAGUACACAUGAGAAAGCACUCUGGUGAAAAACCAUACUCCUGUUCAAGCUGCAACAAAAGCUUCCGUUACCUAAACACUCUUACAGUACACAUGAGAACACACACAGGAGAGAAAGUGUUGAGUUGCAGUGUGUGUGGUGAAAGAUUCUCUUCUAAGUACCAGUGUAAGAAACACAAGUGUGCUGGUGAGAACAGCAGCAGCAAAUGAAGAUGCAGGAUUUGAAAUAAACUGUCAAAACUUUAACUUUGACUUUCUAACAACAUCAGUACAUAUAACAUGUGUGACAUCAUUGGUGUGUGUGUAACACAAUCUUGUUAAUAUGAUUCUAACAUUUAUAGAUUAGACACUUCAGAUUAGUGAUUUUAUUUCAGUCAAGUACAUGAGUUAAUAUACACAUUUGUGUACUUUAAAAUGAACAGAACAAUUUGACUGAAAAGGUGAGAAUAAACACUACAUAAAAUAUGUUACAUACAAUCAACAUUUUAAGUGUAGAUAUUCAUAGUUCACUUUUAUACUUAUUCAUAAUAGUGUUUUAUAUAUGUUUUUUGAAAUAAUGAAGGGUUACAUAUUGUAUGUUCUAAUUCUAGAUGAUUCCAUAGAUGAACUCCUUUAUAUGAUAUACAUAUUUGUUUUACAUGUGUUCAUACCUUUGCUUUUGAGUACUCAUAAAUCCCUCUUAGUUCAUAUUUACUGGUUCACAUCUGAAACAUCUUCUGGACCACUUCUGGAAGCAUAUUAUUAUUUACUUUAUACAUCAUUUGAGCAGUUGUCUUUUAUACAAGAUCAUUUACUUUUAAAAUGUGUGACUUUAUGAAUCAUUUGUUGGGUCUCUAUAAUCCAUUCUAUUAAUUAUCUUUAUUACUCUCUUGUGUAAUAUGAAUAUUGUUGUGUGAUUGUUUUAUAUGUAUGUCCCCAGACCUUUAUGCAAUAAACAAUGUAUGCUUCAACUAAAGUUGGGUACAAUAAUUGUAGUUAAUAUUUGUAAGUAUGUAUUUUAUUCUAUUUAGUAUUGCACUCCAUUUUUUUUAUGUUUUCUUUAUAUGAUUUAUAUGUAGUGUCCA